CGACCACGCGCCUGCUCCCCUCCCACCGCCGCUGCAACUGCAUUCUGUACGUUAACACGCACCUCCAGCAAUUGCUGCUUUCUCCGAACGGCAGGAUUUCGGCGAGUAUCGCCCUAUUGCGCUGUAUCUCUGAUCCAGACGUAGAAGGCGUUUUGAACCUGCUUCCACGGCUGUCCGUCCGGAUUUGUUUCCAACUAUCCGAUAUCUUGUCUUCAUAUAAGCCAUAUCUCUUUCCAGUCGAGCGAUUCUUUACCUCUCCAAGCCUUCUCAAUAUGAUGCUGUCUCCUGCAGAAUUGAAGCCCUUGGCUUACGACUUUUACUCCAGUCAGAGCCAGAACAUUUCCACAGCUCUUGCCUCUGUGUUCUGCCUGAUUUCCGUUUAUGGUAUCUACAAACUGCUUCAAGUCGGCAAGCGUGAUCCGCGCAUGCCCCCUGGUCCUCCCACGAAGCCCAUCCUAGGAAACCUCCAUCAGAUUCCUUCCACGGGCCUUUUCAAACAAUUCCGCGAAUGGGCUAAGGAGUACGGCCCGGUCUUCUCUCUCAAGCUCGGAACCGGAAACGUCAUCGUUCUCUGCGAGCGCGAAGCAGUCCAUUCCCUACUUGACAAGAAAAGCAACAUCUACUCUGACCGUCCCGACUUUUACGUUGGCCGUCUAUUAACUGAAGGUGACCAUAUCGGGCUCGAGCACGCGGACCGCGUCUGGCGCGAGAAGCGCAAGGUCGUUUCGCAUAACUUCUCGCCUAAGAUGCUUGAUGAGAAGCACUAUGUCGUACAGGAGGCCGAAGCUGUUUUAUUGCUGAAUGACCUGGUUGACGAUCCCUCGAACUUCAUCAAACAUGUUCGUCGCUACACUUCUUCUGUUGCCUGCAUCCUCGUCUACGGUCAACGCGGUGAAACUUAUGAGAACUUCUGGGGUCAUGCCGUUUACGAGGUUAUGGAAAAGUGGUCCGAGGCCAUGGAGCCUGGCUCGAGCCCGCCAGCAGACGUCUACGGAAUCUUCAAGAUGAUCCCCGCCCCGCUCGCAAAAUGGAAACGACGGGCUCUUGAUGCCCAUAACGAGAUGGACAGUGCCUGGAUCAAAGCCCGCAAAAUCAUCGAUCGCCGACGCGCGACCGGCGAGCGACGUGACUGUAUCGCCGAUCAUCUGAUGGACGAAUACGAAAAGAAAGGCAGUCCGUUCACUGAUCAUGGCUUUAACAAUUUGCUUGGUGAGUUGGUUGAAGGUGGAGCCGACACGACUGCAUCGCAUAUCACGACUUUGAUCUUGGCUUUUGCUCUCUACCCUGAGGUUCAGAAGAAGGCUAGAGCUGAAAUUGAUCGCCUCUGUGGUGUCGACCGUGCGCCUACUUUUUCGGACUUUGACCAGCUUCCCUAUGUGAACGCCAUCGUCAAGGAAGGCAUGCGUUGGAGACCCACAUCUCCCACUGCUCUUCCCCAUAAAGUUGUGCAAGACGACUACUACAAAGGCAUGCUCAUUCCCAAAGGCUCGACAAUCUACCUCGCCACCUGGGCAAUCCACCACUCCGAAAACGUCUACCACGACGAAGACGAGUUCAACCCCGACCGCUAUCUUGGGUACACCAAGCUCGCCGACCACUACGCCGGCAGCCCAGACUGGGAGCGCCGCGACCACUACGGCUAUGGUGCCGGCCGCCGCAUUUGCCCGGGUAUUCACAUGGCCGAGCGCAGCCAGUGGAGAAUUGCCGCGAAGUUGCUCUGGGCAUUUGAGAUCUCUCCUGCUAUUGAUCCGGCUACUAAGAAGCCGAUUCCUAUCGACUCCCACGACUAUAGUCCCGGAAUCGCGCAGUUUCCGAAUCCGUUCAAGGUCGAAAUCAAGCCGCGCAGCGCUUUGCACGUCGCGAAGAUUAAGGAGGAGAAGACGCGGGCCCUCGAGUUCCUCCAGCGCUUCAACUAGCUUAUCUGAGUUUAUCCUCCUCUCGAACGUUCUCUAAGACUUUUUUUACAACCGGCGUAGCUUAAUAAAUUGAUAGUGUACUAGAAAACUGAGUUCUGCAGGAGGGGGUAGAAAACAGGAUAAGGGUUCCAGAAAUUACCGAAAAUGGCAGUAUCCGCGUAAACUAUGAAAUUGAAC